AUGGAUUCUUAUUCAUAUGCAGCUAUUUCUUCUUCCUCUAGUUCUAUUCCAUAUCCACAAGAAGUAAAGAAAAGCAAACCAUUACCUUCAUAUCAUUCGUCAUUUCAUGGAGUUCGUAGGCUCCCAUUAAAACCAAUGACUAAACAACCAAUUGCCCCAUUGCCACCAACACGUCCUAAAAUCUACAGAGUGGAACCUGUUAAUUUCAAGGAAGUCGUCCAAAUGUUGACUGCAGCACCUGAGUUUCAAUCCAGCUCCGAUUCUAGCUCUGGUUCUGGUUCUGGUUCUGGUUUCGGUUCUAGUUCUAGUUCUAGUUCCAGCUCGAGGCGUUUACAAGAUGUGGCUCCUCCUCCACUUGAUCUCUCACCAGUUUCACUACCAAGAAACAACAAUAUUGCUGCAGAAUGGCGACAGUUCCUUCGUCCUUCUACCUCCUCAAACAACCGAGUUGAAUCAAUUAGUGCGGCCUACAAUGACUCAACAAUUGAAGCACAAGAAAGAUCACAUGGAACGCCUCAAAAUCCAUCAGAAAAUUAUUUUGGAUCAUGCAGUCCGCUAGCUAAUUUCCCUUUAUCGCCUGCUUCUUUUGCAUGGUGUUGUUCUCUUCUUCUCAGCCCUAGCACUCUUACUUCACCACGCCCCGUUCUUUAG